CGGAUGCUCCUUGCUCAACUAGUAUCUGAAGAAAAAGAUGUAAUAGAAAAUAAAAGAACAGGAGCAACAGAUUUGAAAGCUAAAACUGAAGGUUGGGAAAGAAUUGUUAAAAAAUACUGCAGUGAAGGCUGUAUACCCCGUACUAGCAAACAGCUUAAAAAAUGCUGGGAUAACAUGAAGCAGAAGAAAAAGAAGCUAAACACCACAAUAAAGGCUCAGCGUCUUAUGACGGGUGGAGGUUGUCCAGUAACGAUACCUAAUGAUCCAGUCAUGGAUGCUAUGGAUGCCGCAACUCCAAACUUGGAUCUUGAAGUAUGGUGUCCAUAUGACAGUACUGCUGAAUUCGAAAAAGAAUAUAAUAUAAAAAGUGAUUCAGGGAAAAGGCAAAUAAUUAUAAGUGAUGAUGAGGAUGAUGCCGUGCCUGAUGUGCCUAAACAAUUUGAUACUUCAAAACUCAUCAACACGAAGAUAAUAAAAUGUAAUUCAAAUGAUAUAGUAAAUAUAAGCAGAAACGUCAACAAUUCUAAAGUAGCUUUUCAGCCUGAUGUAGGCAAUGAACUUAAAAAUAUACGUGACGAAAAAGAGUUACGGUUGAUAAAACUUCGUGAAGCUAUUGAACAGCAACGGGAACUGCAUGCUAUAAAAUUGAAGGUUGUAGAUGCUGAAUUGAAAAUUACAUUGCUGAAACUUUCCUUAACAGAAGAGACAGUCCAACUGCAAUCUGAGGGAACUGUGAUUACAGAGUAAUCUUGUGAUAUUUAAUUAAGCUUUCAUAUGUUA